AGAAAAGAAAAAGCCUAAAACGAGAGAGUGGCUCUGGCUGUGCAUGAGCUCAGUCGUGUAUCCCCAAUGGUAGCGAGGAGAGGUUAGCGUAUCUUAUUAGUGCGUGCGUGCAAGUGUGUGUAUUUGCUCUUUUCUUAAAUAUAUAAAGUCGCAUCGAUGAGAGAGCGAAGCAAAUCGGCGACAAUGUGCAGUACAAACGUGGACUCGCACGCGAAAUACUUGAAGGAGUUUCGCGUUGAGCAAUGCCCGUUGUUUAUCCAGCGCAAGUGUACUCAGCACCGGCCGUUCACCUGCUUCAAUUGGCACUUCAUGAACCAGCGCAGGCGCCGGCCAAGUCGUAGGCGCGACCGCACCUUCAACUACAGCGCCGAUAACUAUUGUGCCAAGUACGACGAAACCACCGGCAUCUGUCCCGAUGGUGAUGAAUGCCCAAAUUUGCAUCGAACAGCGGGAGACACGGAGCGUCGUUACCAUCUACGUUAUUACAAGACUUGCAUGUGCGUGCACGAUACAGACGCUCGCGGAUUCUGCGUGAAAAAUGGCCCUCACUGUGCGUUCGCCCAUGGCAAUCAUGAUCUUCGUUCGCCGGUGUACGAUAUCAAGGAGCUGCAGGCAAUGGAAAAUCCAGAAUUGGAUCCAAACGGCACGGGCAACGGCCCUAAUAUACUCGACAAAGAGAGAAACUUGAUGAACGAAGAUCCAAAGUGGCAGGAUACUACUUAUGUGCUGAGCAAUUAUAAGACCGAGCCAUGCAAACGACCACCAAGGUUAUGCAGACAGGGCUAUGCUUGUCCACAGUUUCACAACAGCAAGGAUAAAAGACGAAGUCCAAGAAAGUACAAGUACAGAUCUACUCCCUGUCCUAAUGUCAAACAUGGAGAGGAAUGGGGUGAACCUGGUAACUGUGAUCAAGGGGACAAUUGUGUUUAUUGUCAUACCAGGACUGAGCAGCAAUUUCAUCCUGAGAUUUAUAAGUCGACCAAAUGUAAUGAUGUGCAGCAGGCUGGUUACUGUCCUAGAGGAGUUUUCUGUGCUUUUGCUCACGUUGAUUUGGUACCAGCAGAGGAUUUGACAAUAGCGAGAGAUGUUGUUUCUGCACCAAUUGACUGUGCAACUAACUUGGUAGAUCUGCUCAGUAACGCCUUGCCACCUGACAAGAGGCAUGAUAAGGACAAGACUCUCAGUGACAGCAGCUUGGCUAUAUUACAGAAUGGUAGUGGAGAAGUGUCAGAAUCAGCCAGUACUAGUAGCCUUGGCAGCAAUAGCUCACAAAGCAAAGCUCCAGGCUCUCAGCUACAUCAUAACAAUGCACAGCACAAACUUUCUAGCAUGCUCAAUUACCCUUCUCUACACCAAGCUAAUGAAAUUCGUAAGCAACUUAUGGCCAUUGAUGCUGAUCCUCUACUGACUAAGGCUGAGAAAGCACAGAAAAAGCAGAAUCUGUGUAUUGUAUACAACCUCAAUUCAAUAGCUCCACGUCCAAGUCUUUCAUCACCUCUUUCAAAUUCCUUCUUUCACAAUGAUACUGUUGAAUCUGUUGUGGGAAAUGCUUUAGAUGACUUACAUUUGGAUGAUCCACUUGGUUUGAUUGAUUCAGUACACAGAGAUACAAACUCCCCCAUAAGCAAUUCAAUAUCAGCAGGUUUGGCAAGUUCUGGUUUAUUAAGUAGCUCAGCACCAGUUAACAUCCCUGGAAUGGCUGAGCGUUCAGUUUUGUCGAAUUUUUCACCAUCUACUUCAAGCCCUCUUCAACCCUUACAAUCAGCCAGUAGCUUCAUCACUGCAGGUUCAAGAUUCUCCCACCAAGAUUCCAUUGAAUCUACGAUGUCAUCAUUUAUGAAUCAAGUGUCAGAUCCAUUCAGUAAUCAUGUAUCCCAGUCCAGUGGUACAUCCAAACUUGGUGGGUUCAACAACAGCCUAUUCGACUUCUCUAAUAACCAAGGAAUGUCACCGUCAUCUCGCAAUCAGCCUCUUGGUGCAUCACCAUUAGUCAAUGUAUUUUCUGUCAGCCCUAGCAAUAACAACACUACGGGGUCAUUAUCCGAAUUACAAGUACAAAGACUGAGAGAUGAAUUAACUUCUAGUCGUGCUCAGUUGGCAUCAUGGGACGAAAGAAUCAAUCAAGCACGCGUAGCAUGUAAUGCCUGGCAACAUGAGUGUGAAGAAUCAAAGAGGAAAACUGCUAUGGCGGAACAACAGAGAGAUGAGGUACGCAAAUACGCUUUAUUACAACUAAAAGUUUUGAAAGCUGAAAAGGAAGCUGCUAGUGCUGCCAAUGGAGGUGGAUCUUUUAUCAAUUCCCUUGGGAAAACCGAUUAUAAAUCACUUUCAAUUAGUGCUCUUAAAUCCAUGCAGUCCCAGUUCCGUAUUGAACUUGAAGAAAUCGAAAAGGUACUCUACCGUGAAACAGCUACGAAAUGUAUGGUUUGCGAAGAACAAAACCGCGCAGUUACAUUAUCGCCCUGCAAUCACUAUGUCGUCUGCUCAACCUGUGCCCCUAAUCAACGUGAAUGUCCGUACUGCCAAACUCCUGUCGUUUCUACAAGUUAGGUGUCUGACCAGAUCAGUUUAAUAUUCGCCUCACCAAAAGUUUUUUUUUUCCUUCUCACAUCUUGACAAUGCUAAGACGGACGGGAUACUGCGAUGCAAUCAAUUUUUUUAAAAACGCGAGCAAAUAAACGUAUACGUAGCAGUAUCUAAGCGAUGGUAUUGAUAAAUAUCGAGUAACUACUUGAUAAAUAAAAGAAAAAAUAUGAUCAAAUUUCGUUUUUACUAGGUAAAUGGAAAAAAUUUAAAUAGUCACUACUUUCAACAUUACAUAAAGUUCAUAAUUUUUAUAUAAAAAAUAGAGAUACAGCAGAGACGACAAGCCAUAAUAAAAAUAAUAUAGCUCACUAUAUUUUAUAUAAAAAAAGAAAUUGAUAUUUCGAAUUUUUGGCAUUUUAUGAAUACCAUAGUUCUAUCAAAGUGAACUAUAAAUAUGUUAGACUGCCUAAUAAUUAUGAAAAGCAAAUUUAAUUUUUUUAUUGUUGAAUGAUGAGACAUCAUUUUCAAUUUUAUAUAUGAAUUAGUUUUUGUAGAAAAAAAUAAUUCAUCAAUUUUGUUUAACUCAAUAUAUUAUUAGAAGAAUAAAAAACUUGAAUAAGUAGGAUUGAAUAUUUCAA